AGGGGAGGGAAGAAGGGAGGAGGGAGCCCACGCUCUGAGAAACAUCACUCCAUCUCUCUCACUCCACGGGAGCUGAGCAAGGAGCAGAACGAUGUUUGACAACACGCAGUACCCCUAUAACUGCUUUAAUUAUGAUGGCGAUGAUUAUCCUACCUGUAGUUCUGACGAAGAGAAGAAAUUCACCAGACCGGCGUAUAGCUACAUUGCCUUAAUUGCAAUGGCCAUCCAGCAAAGUCCUUCAAAUAAAGUCACUCUCUCUGGCAUUUAUGACUUCAUUAUGAAGAAAUUUCCUUACUACAGAUCAAAUCAAAGAGCCUGGCAGAACUCCAUCCGGCAUAACUUAUCACUAAACAGUUGUUUUGUAAAGGUUCCCAGAACAGAAGGGAAUGAGAAGGGGAAAGGAAACUAUUGGAGCUUUGCAACGGGAUGCGAAUCCAUGCUGGAUCUCUUUGAAAAUGGGAAUUACCGGAGAAGACGGAGGAGAAGGAAUAUGAAAAAGGAACAUAAAGAGCAGAGAUCAAGCAGAGGGAAAGGGUCUUCGUCCCCUGAUACAUCUCCUACGGACACUGCUUUAAACAGUGCUUCCUCUUCUGAAAGCAUACAUGAAAGAAUUGGCUCAGAACCAAGACUACUGGAGCCCCGUGGGUUUGCUCCAAACAGCACAGCCAGCAGGCAGAGCCUGAGCAGCUCCUCCUUAGCAAAAUCGGAUUCUGAAAUAAAAUUCAGCAUCGAUUACAUUCUUUCAGCCCCCGACCCUUUGCCUGUCCUGAGAUCUCAGUAUAAUAUGCAAGAAAAUAAAUAUCACCUACUGGAGGCCCAGCAGAUCAAUCUCCAGCUCUGGACAAUGUGAAGUUAUUCGUGGUAUCAAAGUCCAGGUUGCAGUACAGGCUGCCAUCGCUGCCAUCAGCCGUCUGCCUCCUCCUCCUAAGCAGCACUCAGAAGGGGUUACCCCUUCUCCAUCUGUACCCAAAGAACUGUGCUGUGCUUGAAGUGCAAAUAACUGUCACCAGUAUCAGUUUUUGCCAUGCUGAAAUUCAUCAUAACCCCGCUUUGUUUUCUGAACUAUCACAGACACCAUCUACCACCACAAAGAGUUUCCUUCUUCAAGCAGAAUCUGACAGAAGAGACUUGCUCCCCAGCCCAGCGCUUUCUUAGAGACAAAGUGAAUUUGAUUCCACUUUCACUGGUGGAAAUUUGGGUUAAUUCCACUGAAAUGUAUGGCUCAGCUCUUGAGCUGAUCCACAACGGUGUCAUUCUGUCCAUUUACACUGGCUAAGAAUGUAAAGGCUUGGGGGUGGGGAUUUGUUUCCUUAAAAAUGAAUCACAGAAAAUCAGUCUUCUAUGAAUUUUGAUUUUAGCAUCAUGUCCCAAAUUGCUGUGUACUAACGCAGCUUUUAUCCAUUGUUAUUUAGCAAAUAUAGCUGUUAAUACGUGCUUAAGGUAUAUUUUUGUUGACGUUCAGAGCAGAAUUGUUCCAGCUGUAGAAGCUGUGUUCAGGCUAACCACAUGAAUGCUGGUUGUGAGGCUGUUGAAUACUGGCAGACACCAAUAGAUGAUGUGACAGAGGUGUGGGGUCUCCUCAUACCUUCAUUUAAAAACAGAAGUUCCCCUCUCCCCUUGCACUACCAGCAAAUGUCUCCAGGGCUGCAGGAAAGCCCUUGGUCACAUUUUGUUUAACAAGUAUGAAGAAAGACCUGGGGCUGCAAGAAGCUGCAUUCUGCGUCAGCCAAAGCCAGAAUUCCACCUACCUGCUCUGAGACAAGUUGUAUAUUCCUACUAAAAAGAUUUAUAUUGAUCCUUCUUGCUAGCAAUUGAUAAAGUGGUACCUGAUGGGAUUUCAGGAAAGCUGGUGAGAUGAAGAUUGUACGGAGAGCAACAUUAGCUCCCCAUCUCCAUUCCAAAUGAAAGCCAUUCCAGCACCAUCUACACACUGUGGGAUGUUUCAGAACAGAACCUGAAGGACAACGCUGAGCUCUACAUGACAUUUAGGAACUGGUUUUUAUGUAAGUUGUCCAAUAAGAAACUUCCUGGUACUGAAUGGCAGCAUCAGCAGAGAUGCCACAAAGCCUUGGUUUUGGCUUGGCAACCGGAAAAAUAGCCUAAGGAAGGCAAAAAAACAGCCAAGGAUUCUGGUGGUUUUAAGCAGUUAUGUAGAGAGAUAAAGUUAUCUUUGCAACAUGAACAAAAUGAAGGUAUACAAGAUAAGACUGAGCAAAUUGCUCUAGAGGUAUGCUCAGGCAUGACUUGAAUUUUUAUGCAGAAGCUUUGACAUUUCACUAAGUUAUUUUACAUUGUGUCUAAUAUAUAUUGUACAUUUAUACUAUAAAUUCUUAUAUAUUGUUAUUGAGAAAGGGAGCGAUAUCACUGCACUUAAAUGUUGUAAAAAUGCAUGAUGUAUGUAGCUGUGCUGCUGGAAGUCCUGCCGCUUACUCACAAUUCACCAUCAGCAAUAUUUCACACUGAUUGGUAAUAAAUGCUUGUUUUUUGGGGUGGAAAAGUAGACAACUUGCUGUCUUCAGGCACUUCUGUGGCACACCAAAGUUUUUGCUUCUUCAAGAAAGGCCAAAUGGAAAAUCAUGUCAAAGUUGCUUUGCUGUGUGUGUUCUGAGCUUUUGAGGGAUGACUUCUUGUGACCAAAGUGUGCCUCCAAAGGGAGCUCUCUAUUCACUGCAAAUCCACACUCAUUCUGGCUGCUAUCAUCUGAACACACAAUGUGAAGGGUUAGACCUGGCCCAUGCGCCAUGUGCACCAAUGUUGGAAAAUCUCUAGGCUCACUGGCGGAUGGAUUCUCACCUGAAGAGAGAUGAGAUGUUGCACCCUUGGCACACAUGGCAGUAUGUAGGUGUGGGAAGCAUGACCCCAUGGGUACUUCAAUGUCUGCAUGUACUCCUAUGCAUGGUGGUAUUUGUGCUUCUCUUGCUUCCACCCCGCAAUUACGUAUUCACUCUUAACACUCGUCUCCUUUUCUUGAUUGCUUUAAAUGUGACAGUGCUGCUGUUGGUCCAAUAGUUAUUCUACACAUCAGCACUACAUUUGAAAUAUAUUUUUUAUUGCCACAAAGUGUGCAAAUAUUUCUUACUAUUUGGUCUUUGUUCCUGCAAAAGGUAACUAAAUGACAGCAGAAGUUCCUAUCGAGCAUACAUCUCACCCAGAGGAACACAGAGGGCUGCUGAGACCAAUGGAGGAACCAUUAUGGCUGUUAAGCAAUGCAGCAUAAAUGCAUUAGGAAAGGCAGAAAUAUACCCAUGGAGAUCCAAAACCAUUUACAAUAAGAUGAAUUAAUAUUCACAAAUAGCCAUUUCCUCUGCUCACAGUAAAGUACCUGCUAGGAGAGACUGUCUUACUUGCAUUUCUCUAACAUAUAAUCAAAGAAAUUUGUGUACCAAUAGGUGUUAACAUUUGUUUUGCAAAGGAUAUCAAUCAUAUUUCAAAAAAUGAAGGGACAUAUUUCAAUUUACCCACUGUAUUAUAUUCUGACGACUCCAGAAAGGUUUCCAGCACUUAAAGUGAAUGGCAUUUAAUAUAGAACAACAUAACAGGGGUGAGGGCUAGACGUGACCUUAUUCAAAUGUCGUAGCCAUUACAAAGCCAUUCCCAAUGUAAUUAUAAUUAAAUACUUUAUGCCUUUCUUGCAAAUCCUCUGAUCGAUCAUUGAUAUUAACAUUAAUAUUGUAUUACCCCCGAGCAAAUGUCUCCCACACAAGUGUUAUGGAUCACCAGGUUUCCAUUAACAAAGUUGUGAGCUAUUGCCAUAUGCUGGUCGUGGAUAAAUUUACGUAAAUUACCUUUUCUUGAGGAAGAGGGGAAAAAGUACAGAUUUUUCUUUUUAUCCCUGCACUCUGAGCCUGGUGCUAUUUCUUCAGCUCCAUUUAGAAACCAUCAGCAACUUCUAUACAGCCAACACCAGAGAAAAAUCUGAUAGGAACAUCCAUCUCCGCUGGGUGAGGGUAGGGGUCUGCACCCCACUGAUGCCAUCACUGGGAUGGUCGUGCACAGCAGACAACAUGAGCAAUGGUAGUGGUGUUUGGCUGAACUCAUUUUUAGGGGUCUUCUUAGCUACAAAUGGAAACUCAGGAGUCUUGGAUUUCCUAACCCUAAAAGAUGUACUUCCCUUGGGGGCUGAUGCUGGCUGUCCCAAGGCUGGAGCUGCCUGGAAGGGGAAUGUAAGCCCGUACUUAUAGUGUCAUGAAUACCUUUGCAAUGGGAAAAGGUGAGAGGUUUCUGUCUGCGGACAAACUAAGUUCAGUCUUACUGAGGGAUCCCAGGUAUUUAUUUAUCCUAUUAAAGGAAGGAUCCCUAUGACAAAUCAAAGAUUUGGAUGGAACUAUGGCAGGUCACUCUGCAGCAACUUGACUUCCAAAGACUCAGUUUCUUGGGCUGUGUGCAAAUCCUUGCAAACCCAUUAACUUUGGUUCAUUUGUUUUUGGAACUGAAACAGCACGUGUGAAAAUGAACACUGCAUUUUGUACCCAACAUCUCUGCACGCGCACUCUGCCAAAAUGUGUCAGCAACUCAUCUCCAAGACAGCAUCCUUCAAGCAACAAAUGAUCCUUCCUCCUUAUUCUGCCUCAGCAUCCAGCUUCUUUCUCCAGAACAUGGCUGCUGUUUGCACUGCAAGGCACAAAGAUCCUAGUGCAUGCCCUCUGUUUCUCUUCUACUGGGAAUGUCCUUCACAUUGCAUGUCAGGUCAUUAAAUUAAAGAUCUGGGUAGGUCCAAGCCCUACAGAACUCACAUUGGAAUUCUUUUACCCAGAGAGCUAACAUAAAAUAACAAAGUAAGCUAUGCUCCCUCCCACCCUAUUACAAUAGUUGGAGUCAGAUCCAACUGUGAGAAUUUUGCCUGAGAAAGAACUGCAGGAUUUCUCCCACUGUGAAAUCCAGCUGUUAAUUCAAACAGAAGGGAUGGACCUGACCAGAUAGGCCAGCUGGCUUGUUUCCAUCCCAAAGUCCAUUCUGUUCCACAAGUUCCUAAAUUUAUGGUUAUGAAGGUCUUCCAAAGCCCUUGUAGCAGAGUAUGGCAUGCAAUGUUUUUGUUAUGGAAUGCACGCUGCAAAGGAAAAACAAGGUUUGAAUUUAUCUUUCAAAUGAAGAUCCUGGAAUCUCUCAGGAUAAACAGUCUAAAUUAGGAAUCAAAACACCCCAUGUUUCUCACCAUAACUAUGAAACUGAAAAUAAGCUCUUGCAGAGGACUGCCAGAGGAAAACUAGAAGUUGCAAUAACCCAACCAACUCUCUUUUUGAGAUCAGUAUUACCAUGCCGCUCAUUGUCAGUCCAUUGCAGGGGAUGAUGCUCUGCAGCAAUGGGAGCUACCUUUCAUUGCAGGGAUGCUUGCUGGUACCAGCACUUGGCCUUACAAUUCCAUGUAUGUGGAUCUAACUGCCCCCUGUAGCUGCAGUUUCCAGAACUGCUAAUGGUGAAAGGCUGUCAUGUUUUUCUUUGCCCAGGAAAAAGAUUAGGAUGGAAUCAACUUUCCCCUUGAGCCCAAAGGCUCUGCUGACCAUUAGCCAUCUGUCCCAAGCACAUCUGCUCCAGUUGAAAAUCCUUUCUGAGGUUUUCAUGCCACGGAUAUUUAUUGCUACAUCAAAAUUACUUCCCAUUUUCCCUUCUUCAGCUUGAGGCAUGACACUGUGCUAGUAUUGACUGUCACCAUUAUCCUCUGCUGCCACUUUCUCCUUCCAGCAUGGACUCUAUAGGAAUGAGAAAAAGAAGCAGAAAUGAAUGUGGAAAAUAGUAGGUGCAAUGAGCUGUGUUUUGUAAUUAAUCUGUCUUAAUCUUCACAGAGGCUGUGGGCUAUAUGAGCAAUUAGUAAGCCCUGGAAGGCAUUUUAGCACUAAUCAGCCCAUAACAUCAUUCUGCACUGGAACAUCUGGGACUGGCUUCAUAGGUUGAAUCCUCAAUCUCCAGAAAUGAGUGGGAGUUUGGGUUCAAGUGAUCAAAACUUCAUUCACUGUUGCCAGGACCAGAGACUGUUCAAAUUAAAUGCUGCGUUGACUGCAGAGAAAACCAAAUACCUGCCAUAAGAUAUUUGGUGUUCUCUCAAGACAAAGUAGCAGCUUGUUUCCACAGGUUUCUUUGGCUCUGUCUUUCAGCCAGACAAAAUACUCCUUGAAUUCAAUGGAAGAUAUGUACAAACAGGGAAGAAGUUCCCAAAAGCCCAAGGGCUGAACAUAGCAAAACCAGAUGUUGGCAGCUGGGGACAGAAUUCCCGGUGCAAAGACCUCUGUGUGUUCUCUGAUGGCACCUCUGUUUUGGGGCUGGUGUACACAUCCAAAUAAACAAGUUACACUAAGCUCAUGCCCAGACUUGGGAUCUCAAAUUUUCCUUCAAUGGGAAACUGUCCCAAAUCUGCUACAGUUUGGCAAGGGAGUGACACUGUAUUACUUUCUAUUUUGUUUUGCUGUUGAUGAAAUUACAGGAAAAUAAAUGUUUUCAAGAUGAUACAUUGUGUAUCCCUAAUAAAUACCGAGGGCAUUUAAUAUAAA